AUGGUAAGCGCUUCAAGCCUUGGCUUUGAUUUGCUGCCUGAAAUCAGAACGGCCAAGCCACGACUCCCUGAUGACUCUGAGAAUUCGCCUUCACCACCUUCAUCUUGGCAGCUUUCAUCGUUUCCCUCGUUUGCUCCACCAGCCAGAUCAGUCUCUGAAGACUUCCAAGGACUCAUUGAUCUACUGGUGAAGCAACACGCACAGGAGCUGUCCGCAGCGAGGACUGGAACAGAAAGUGAAUUGACAGAGAAAAGGGCCGCCUCGAAGGUCAAACCUGGAAGGAACAGCUUCACAAGCUUAAACAGCAGCAAGGAGCGGUCGAAGAUUAGGCCUGGCAGAAAAAGCUUAGCAAGUUUGACCAGCGCUCAAAGCAGAAGGAGUCUGAGCAAAAGAAGACAUCAAAGCCAACUGGGUGAACUCAUUGCUGAGAGGCACAAAGACAUGCGAGAAAUCCACGCAGACGAGAUUUUGGAUGUGUGGACGGAGUCGCUGAAUUCUGGUAUGUUUCAGCAGGAACCGAUGAUGGCUGCCUUAAGGAAGAGCAGGACCAACCUCACAGAGAACUCUGAGAUCCCGCCGGAGGUCUAUCAGCGAAUGAGCUGUUUUCAGCGGAUCCAAGCUUGGUUGGAAUCUCACAACUAUGAGGUCCUGAUUGCUUUUGUGCUUUGCCUGAACGUUUUGUGGAUGGCCUUUGAGCUUCAGGUCUAUGGCUCUAUGAGCGGAUGGGAAUUGGGGAUAUAUUCCGAGCCAAUCCUUCCGCCCGAAGGCCUGCUGGACAUCGAGCAUGUUUUCCAGAUUGCAGAUUUGGCUUUCACAUGUUUCUUCGUGUUGGACGUGAUGAUACGGAUCGCUGUGCUCCAAAAGAGAUUCUUCAAAGUUCCCAUGAACUACCUUGACCUGGCCGUUAGUGUCACGUCUCUGGUGGAGAUUGCCUUCCAAGCGUUGACUUUGCCGGUGAACCCCGUGCUCUUCCGGUUGUUGCGAAUCGGCAAGCUAGCCAGGGCCUUCCGGAUGGUAACCAUGACUAGUGUGCUUGCUUCCUUGCAACUUCUCGUGAAGUGCUUGGCAUCCAGUAGCAACAUGCUCUUCUGGAGCUUUUGCCUGCUGACCUUCGUGCAGUGUGUUGCUGGACUCAUCAUGGCCACACUUUGCCGCGAUUUCUUCACUGAUCCCUUCUACGACCAAAGCAUUCGAGAACAAGUCUUCCUCUACUAUGGCACCUUUAGCCGAACCUUCCUGACUAUGUUUGAGGUGCUUUUUGCCAACUGGGGACCUGCAUGCAGGGUACUGACCGAAAACUACAGCGAGUACUUCUCAGUUUUCUUCCUCUUUUACAGGUGUGUUUUGGGCUUUGCAGUGUUAAAUGUGGUGAAUGCAGUCUUUGUGCAGCAAACGAUGAAGACAGCAAGUUCCGAUGAAGAACUUGCAUUUAAACAGAAGGAGAAAGACACCCAAAUGUAUAUCCGAAAGGUGAAGAAGCUCUUCCAAACAAUCGACGAAAGCGGCGAUGGCUCAAUCAGUUUGGAGGAAUUUGCAAAACUGGUCCAGUCUCAUGCCCAGAGAAACACUUUGCUCAUGACUCAUGUCUAUAAUGAAUGCCGUUAG